AUGUUUCGUGUUUUAUGUGUAUUUGUUGUAAUCUUCUAUGGACUUUUUCCAAUACUGGACAAAAAUCCUGAAGAAACUAAAAAACUACCACUACCCUUAUGGUUUCCAUUCGAAAUAGAUAAGUCCUACUACUUUAUAUGGUUUAUGACUGUUCUUAGCAUCUGUAUUGGAGCUUGGACUAAUUCAAACAUCGAUAUUUUGACCAUAAUGUUGAUUACUUUAGCCACAGCACAGUUUGAAAUUCUUAAAAAAAGACUCAGAUCGAUUGUACCAAUUAAUGAUGAACAUAUGGACGAACGUUUGUUGAUGAGAAAGUUAAAGGAUUGUGUCAUUCAUUUCAAUGAUAUUAACAGAGCGAUAAAAUCUCUGAAGCUGUGUAUUCUACCGAAUGGUUUAAAUGCAAUGCAAGAAUACGAAAAAGUUUUAUAA